AUGAUGCGAAGCCAUUUGGGAGGCGCUACCGCUGGAACAUUUUUGCUGUGCUUUGUUGCCCUAACACAGACACCAGUACACUGCUACGAACCUACGCUGCCGGACUUCCUGAAGGCAGCAUCAGAGGAUGCACGAGAAGAAUACUACAGCCUUUUCAAGCGGCAAGAUGAGCUAACAAAGAAUCAGCUUAACGAGUUACUCAAGGAAUGGUCCCGGAAACAAGGACCCCAAGUUGAGGUGCUUAUGUUUAUCCCUCAAAUACAAAACUUAGAAGUGCGGCAAUACAUCUGA